CACCAAAUCUCUGGGCGUUUCACCACAAUUUUAGGGAAAAACAAAGGAUACGAUGCUCGUUCUGGUACUCGGGGAUCUGCACAUCCCGCAUCGCUGCAGCAGCCUGCCGUACAAGUUCAAGAAACUCCUGGUACCGGGACGGAUCCACCACAUACUGGCCACCGGCAACAUCUGCACAAAAGAGUCCUACGACUAUCUGAAGUCGCUGGCCAACGAUGUGCAUAUAGUACGCGGUGACUUUGACGAGAAUCUCAGCUAUCCGGAGCAGAAGGUGGUGACUGUGGGCCAAUUCCGCAUCGGCCUCUGCCAUGGCCAUCAGGUGGUGCCGCGGGGAGAUCCAGAGGCCCUGGCGCUGAUUCAACGUCAGCUGGAUGUGGACAUACUGAUAACGGGGCACACGUACAAGUUCGAGGCGUACGAGCACGGCAAUAAGUUCUACAUCAAUCCAGGCUCGGCAACGGGAGCCUUCAAUCCGCUGGACACUAAUGUAGUGCCCUCAUUCGUGCUGAUGGACAUCCAGAGCACGACGGUGGUGACCUACGUCUAUCAGCUGAUUGGCGACGAGGUCAAGGUGGAGCGAAUCGAGUACAAGAAGAUAUAGGGUCCAAGUAUUACCAGCCAUUCCUCCAGAUCCAGGCUUAAAACAAUUGUAAUUGUAUAUGUAGAAAUAAAACGCUUUCUUUUCUCCUUUUUUAUUUGAUAAAAAA